AUGGCGAUGAAAUCAAAAACUGGUCUAAGUGCUGUAGCAUUAACAACAAUCGCUUCGAUAUUUGUUGUGAUAUCUUUUUGCACCCCUUAUUGGCUGGUAAAUGAUGGCAAAGUCGAAGAUCCGAAGUUUAUACGAAUCGGACUUUGGGAGGUUUGCUUCAGGAACUUCGAGGACUUUAGGCACCAAUAUGACUACCGUUUCACGGGUUGUUGGUGGGUAUUCGAAGAAGAAUACUACAUAAUAUUCGAUUUUCUAUUACCCGGGUUCUUCAUCGCCACGCAAUUCUUCUUCACCCUAUGCCAAACGCUAGUGCUAGUAGGCGCCUUUCUGACGUGGAUGUACUGCUUCUGCAGUCGAGACCACGACAAGUACAUCCUGUUGCUGUUGAGCAACGGCUCGAUUUUGGCCCUGGCAGGUUUCUGCGGCUUCAUAUCGGUGUGCAUUUUCGGCGCCAACGGAGACAACAGAGACUGGAUGCCCUACUGGCAGCACAACGACUUGAGCUGGUCGUUUGCCUUCGGUUGCAUCGGCUCUCUGUUGCUCAUGCCCGCCGGGGCUUUGUUCUUGGUGGAGGCGAAAAGGGCUAGAUACAGAAGGUUCGGGGAAACCACGCCGAGGAUGCCUCCUGCCCAGUACACUAUGGAGGACCCUCAUAAAGCCACCGCUCCUCAUCAUACUGAUAUUUAA